UGAAUGGUCCGGUGUCUUCUGGGACACCUCCUUAAAGGUCCGCAGUGGUCUGCCCUGUCAUGUCUGCCCUGUACUGUCUGCAGUCUCUGGUCAUCCCCUAUACUGCCUGCAGUCUCUGGUCAUCUGUACUGUCCGCAGUCUCUGGUCAUCUCCUGUACUGUCUAAAAUCUCUGUUCAUCUCCUGUACUGUCCGCAGUCUCUGGUCUUCUCCUGUACUGUGUCCGCAGUCUCUGGUCAUCUCCUGUACUGUGUCCGCAGUCUCUGGUCAUCUCCUGUACUGUGUCCGCAGUCUCUGGUCAUCUCCUGUACUGUGUCCGCAGUCUCUGGUCAUCUCCUGUACUGUGUCCGCAGUCUCUGGUCAUCUCCUGUACUGUGUUGCAGUCUCUGGUCAUCCCCUGUACUAUGUUUUGCAGUCUCUGGUCAUCCCCUGUACUAUGUCCGCAGUCUCUGGUCAUCUCCUGUACUGUGUCCACAGUGUCUGGUCACUUCCU